CGGCUAGGUCAUGUGCAUUGACAACCACGUACGAUUAGCAAUGUUGUGUGUACACAACCAUUCUUUUUGCAUUAAAAGUCUGUUAUUUAUGCAUCGAUGACUGCCUAAAUUUAUAAUGAUCUGGUAAUUUUUUCACCUGUUUCUUUAUUUUAAAAUCUUUGAUUUUGUGUGUACGUACUUAUUUUAUAAAUAUUUCUCCCUUUAACGCCCAUACGUGGUCCCUUCUCUUAUCGUCUGCUCAAACAUGUUGUUCACCAUGGCGGACGACAACUCGGAAAUAAAAAGUGUUGGAUCCGAUGUUGAUCGAAGAAUUGCUUUCUUGGUAGUCGUCGUUUCCAUAGUUUUCUUUCGCAUUUCAAACUUGGUGACUUCCAAGUACAUUGAAACUCCUCCCAGAGCCGCUAGUGACCCGUGGAGAUGGAGAAACUUGUUUGUGUCCUGGAUCCAUGCAAUCUUAUGUGGCUCUUGGGAUAUUAUGUGCUUUACUGCAUAUCCCGAGAUGUUGGAGGAUCUCGAUGGACACAUGAAUUACUUCACAUAUACACUGGUAGCCUUCUCUACAGGAUAUUUCAUUUAUGACGCGUUGGAUAUGUUCUUCAAUAAUCGACUGUUGCAAGACUGGGGAGUUACUCUGCAUCAUAUAAUUGUACUUAUAUGCUUUAUCUACAGCAUUUGGACAAGUUACGCAACAGCUAUAGUCUGUGUUGCCUUGCUGGUAGAAGUGAAUGGAGUUUUCUUACAUGCCAGGAAACUAAUGCAGAUCUUCCAGUUUAGCUUUGAACACAAAAUAUACGUUCUGAACAAAUACAUAAACUUGAUAACUUUUGUCAUCUUUCGAGGUGGUCCUAUAAGCAGGGUAUUUUAUGAAUUUGCCUACAAAUGUCCCGCAUUCAGCCUACCUUUACGCGGGGUCUUUAUAUUCUUAACAGUGGCCAUGGCGUGUAUAAAUGUGAUUCUGUUUUGGCGCCUUUGUAAAAGUGACGUUUUGUUGACGUCAAGGCGUAAAUAUGUAAAGGAAAACAGUUAAGAAACCGCUGCUUAUUACUACUAAGCCCAGAUUUGCCAAAUGAACAAAAUACUUUAUGUCAAUGUUUUUUUUUUCUCGCAAGAUAUGAGAAUAACAAUCGGACACUUCGCCAGCGAAGAUAAUUAUAUGCACGCACGUCGGAAAGUACUCUCCGACAAUUUUUCAAUUUUUUCUCACUGUUGAUAUCAUUACAGUGGUUAAUUAUUAUCGUUAUUGGUUUAGCAGCCUUUUUAGUAUAUAUAUAUAUAUCUAAUUUACAUAAAUAUAUUUUGAAAUACAGGUUAUAGUUAUUACUAUGAUACAUGUAUAUGGUUCUAUACAUUAUAUUGUACUGAUUUCCAUUUACAGGUAUAUUUUAAAAUUGUCACAUAGAUAAUUUGAAAAUCCGGUUUAUUUUUUAUUUUUGAUACAAUAUUAUAUGACUCAUUACAUUAUAUAUUUACUAUUGCAUGAUAUCAAUUAAUUAUUAAGAUGUAAAAUACUGGUAUAACAAUCAUUUCAAUAUUUUAUGAAUGACAUGUAGAUAUUUUUAUAACCUAUGCUAUAUUUUUGAUACACUUUAAUCUCAAUAAAGAUGUAAAAUAACAGAAUAGCAUUUGCAUUUCAAUACAUAUAGUAUGACUAACAUAUUUUGAAAACCAGUGUUCUACUGUUGUGCAUUUUAAUCCUAUUAUCGCACGAUAUUAAUUAAGAUGUUAUAUACUCAUUUUUAAGAUAAAAAAAAUACUGCUCCAUAUUAGAGAGAUCAUUUUAGUUUUUCUGAAACCGGGUGCUUGUUUCGUGUAAUUCAAGUUUAUUUUUAUAUUUUUGAUGCAGGAAAAAAUUAAAUUAAUUAUAUUUUGAAGUUGCUUUUUUAUGAAAAGUUAAAGUAUGGAAUCUGACACUCAUGGACGAUAUUUUUUUUAUUUUAUAUAUCUUUAUUUGUAUUUACCGUUUUUGAUUGUGAUAUUUACACCUUAAUCUUGAUUUGAUUUAAAGUCAGGUGUUUAUACAAUUACGGUGCUUUUAUGUACAAUUACCGGUUACAAAUGUAUUUGUUUUUCUGUAAAAUAAAACAGAUACGUUUAUGUAUUGUUUGCUAUACGUGUAUGUAUUAUCAGGGUUAACAAAACAAGUGUUUUAUUUUAAAUCUGUGUUAUCGUUAAUAUAUUUUAUAUACAUGUGUAUGUUCAACGGCCGAUACAUAUAGUAUGUCCAAAUGUCGCCACUGUCUUGCAGUUAGUUAUCGCAUGGCACAUAGUUAAUAAGCUUGGUUCGUUAGCUAUAAACUAUAGCGCUUAUUUGCUGCAUUUAUAUACACGUACAAAUACAUAUAAAAAAUUUUCAAACUUCUUUCUG